AUGCCCGAAGCCACUAUCCAGUUUGCACUCCUUCCCAGUGCCUUCGAUAUCAACUCUCAUGACAGUGUUUCCUCGCUGGCAGCAAUUCUUGAACCCAUUACUACAGAAUUGGCUCAGAGCAAGCCUCUCCGAGAGCGACUCGGCGAGAAGGAGCUGAUAUGGUCAGAUCUCCGAAAACUUUGGCACGACCUUAGCCGAGCCCAGCUAACAUUCUGGGAUAACGAUGAUUCAGACGAUGAAACAGUGGCUGAUCAAGAGAAACAAAAGCAAUCUACUCUCCGUCUUCUGUCUGCUAGCCUAGCACGAUUCACGAGAAACCUUGUUGCUGGAGUCCCUCGAAAUCAAAUCGAGGCUUUCGAAAACGAGCCUUCCAUUCGACGCCUGCUUCACUAUUAUACCUCAUGGUCGUUCCUCGAAGACCAAGAAGCCCUCCUUGUGGCCCGCGUACUCUCCCAAGCUCUUGCUAACCUCGUGUCCGGCAACGAUAAGCUCGCGUCAAAAUUAUGGAGCUCCUAUAUGAAUCUCCCUGAAGAUCAAGUAGUGUUAAUACGACUUUUGGCCUCUCCGGACCCUCGCACGCUGGUCGCUGCGCUCAUAGUCAUUCUAAGCUGCAUCGAUGGAAGCAGGACCCGGAUAAAGAUGCUGACGCGAACUGCAAUCGGAGUGAGAGUGUGCAUAUGUCUUCUGGAUGAUAUGGUCAAGAUCUAUGACGCGGAGGAGUCAACCGACGAGGCACAGGCAUUCGAUAUUGGAUACGGAAUUUUCUCCAGGAUCAUGGAUGCAGACCUUGUCCCCAGUCUUUUUGGGCGUCUUGGCGUGAAGGACGAAGUCAUCACGCCUCACCAAACUACACUUUUGAAACUCGUGGAUUCAUACCUGCAGUCGGCCAGCAUGUCCACUGCGCCAGCAACACCUCUUGGAACACCCUUGUACUCCAAACUACGUCCAAUGCUGGCUAAAAGCUUCUUUACCCUUUCUACGUAUGCCCAAAACUCGAUUCGGGACUCACUCUCUCCGUCUCCGGCACAGCUUGGGUCAUUAGAUGUAAUGCUACCCAAAGCAUGUGAAGCGUUAGUUCUCGUCGCCCAAUGCAUCUUAACCGUUACUUUGGGGUCUUCUGUGGGCAUCGAGCAAUCAUCUCAAGAUUACUUCAAUGAAGCGAGGGCUGGUGCUGUUGGCCUUGUCGAGUCUCUCACCGGCAAGUCUUUCCAACUACUUCGUCUUCUAGACAUUUUUCUGCCACGCAUCAAUUUCGGGAAACCUGUGCCCGACGCAGGGCGGGCACAGCCAUCAAACGUCGGUGGUGAUGGGAGCACUGGAUUCAAUUACCUAAAAAGGGAUCUUGUCCGUUUACUUGGAAUUCUCUGUCACGAGAACAAAGCAGUGCAAGACCGUGCUAGGCAGUGUGGCGGCAUAGAAGUGGUCAUGAAUCUGUGUGUGGUAGAUGAAAGGAACCCUUAUCUUCGCGAGCAUGCCAUUUUCACAUUACACAACCUUCUCGACGGAAAUGCAGAAAAUCAAGCUGUGGUAGAUUCCAUCCAGCCUUCUGGAAAGUGGGACGACAAUGGCGUAUUGGUGGACAGUGCUGGGGCUGUCCGUAAGUAG